AUGUUGGAGGACAAACAGGAGACGGUCGUUCACCGGCAAGCUGUGAUCUUCCAAGAGGCGCUGAACAUUGAGGACGCCAUCUUAGAGCAGACCAGCGCACUGGGCAGGGUAGAGGAGCCCAUGGACGCACUGCAGGCCCGCGACGCCAAUAGAGAGGCAAAAUCGCAAUCGCAAUCUCAGGCGAUACGGAGGGCGCAGACUAUCAGGCCACCAGGAGUGUCGCCAGCCAACCCCGACCCAAAGUACCAGGCCAGCGGCAGCAGACCCGACAGCGGCAUCCAAAACACCAGACCUCCUCUCGCGCAACCGCCCGAGCCACCGCAGCCCAGGCCCAGGCAGAGGGGGCCCCGAACCAUGCAGCGAUGUGCACCGCCAGCACCUCGAGCAGCGGAAACGCAGCAGAUAGCCCAGCACACCCAACAGUGUUUUUGUUGCAACAGCUGGCAGAGGGCUGCCACUGGGGCAGAUGGGCUCAUCGAAGUCACUUCAGAAAACGCUGUCAGCUGUUACUGA